AUGGCCAAUCUUACAAAACUAGAGUUCAGUGCCCUUCAAAGUUUGGGCAGGAACUACCUCUCAUGGGUGUUGGAUGCUGAAAUUCACCUUGAUGCAAUGAGUCUUGGAGACACCAUAAAAGAAGAAAAUAAGGCAUCAAAUCAAAACUGUGCACGAGCAAUGAUAUUCUUGCGUCAUCAUCUUGACGAGAUUCUGAAAAUCGAAUAUCUGACAGUUAAGGAUCCACUUGUUUUGUGGAAAAACCUAAAAGAAAGAUUUGACCACUUGAAGAUGGUCAUACAUCCAAAGGCACGAUAUGAUUGGAUGCAUCUAAGGCUACAAGACUUUAAGUCUAUACAUGAGUAUAAUUCUGCCAUGUUCAGAAUCACUUCUCAAUUGAAAUUAUGUGGAGAAACGGUUAGUGAGAUUGAUAUGAUGGAAAAGACAUUCUCCACUUUCCAUGCCUCGAAUGUGCUCUUGCAGCAACAAUAUCGAGAGAAAGUGAAUGAGGCGUACGCCCACCAUGCUAGGCGUGGAAAAGGUCGCGGUCCUAAUCGUGGACGUGGACGUGGUCGUGGACGUGGACGUGGUCGUGAUUAUGGUCAAGAACGUAAUUCUAAUCUUGGCAUUAAUCAUUCAUCAAAUAAAAAGGAAAAAAGAAAGGAUGAGAAACGUGAAGCAACUAGGGAAGGUUGUUUUCGAUGUGGUGGAAGAGGUCAUUAUGCACGUGAUUGUCAUUUCUUCGCACAUCCUGAAGGAAAAAUAGAUCACUUAAUUGGUGAUGGUUCUGUGAACAUGGAAGAGUGA